ACAGUGUUGUACAGUAUUGGAAGCGGGUUUCCAUGGCGACGAUCGCAAAAUGAAAACAAUUCGUGCAAUUACGGAACAACAAGGCACUUAAUUAGCCAUUACGGCACCGGGAGAUAACCUACCAUCGUCUAAUCAACGCGGGAAUAUCAGCCAGGAGGCGGUGCGAUCUCCGAUCACUAAAUCCGUAUCUGUAUCCCCUCGGAUUCGUUAAUCCGCUGGCCGCCCGACGACGGUGUCUUCUGGUGGCGAACUCAGGAAAACUCGGAAAAGUCGAGAAUUGGAUCAACUUCAACCACCAAACACAACAUCACUGGCUCGGCGCUGCACGACUACUGAAAACAAAUUCCCUCAACGCUCCAACAAAUUCCGACAGCAACAACAACAGCAACAGCACCAACGGUCGCCGAGCAACCGCUGCAAAGGAUUGAAGGAGAGGGGACGUGGUGCGGGGUCGAGCGGUAUUCGAAUUGGAACGGGAACGGGAAGAAGAUGCCGCUGCUAUUUACGGGCUUCAACGCAUUUGGCCAGCAUGAAUGUGUAAGCGGCAACGUCGACUGCGCAGCCGGCUUCAGCGAAUUAAAUGCGCCAGUCUCGACUCAGAACCAGUGCACGAUUUCAAUCGGCUGGCGGUAUGCGGCCCUCGCUUUUGGCCGGAAGUUGUGCCUGCGUGGGCUCUUGGAUGAAGGCCCAAAUGAGUGCGUGACCCUGGAGGCAGCGGGGGACAUAAGGGCCCUGGCCGCCGGCGAAUCCCACUGCCUGGUGCUACUCCAAAGCGGUCAGCUCUACAGGGUGCAACCCAAACUGCAGGCGGAACUGGUGGCUGUUAGACUAGAAGCUGCUCCCAGAGCCAAUUCGGGUACAAAGCGCUCCAUCUUUGGGGCUGCCAAGGCGCCCUCGUCGCCGAUCAUAGAGCAUAUUGCGUGUGGAUCGCACAUCAACGUAGCGAUCAGCUCGGAAAACUGCAUCUACAGCAUUCCCAGCUACCUGCAGCAGUUUUCCGAGCGCCAGUUUCGGGUGAAGCAGCUCCAAUGUGGCCACGAACAUGCCGUGCUGCUCAAUGCCAACGGUGACGUGUUCACCUGGGGAAAUGGACUCCGAGGACAGUUGGGUCUGGCGGUGCUGAGAGUGGAGGAGACGCCACAAUUGCUGGAGGCGCUGGCGGGGAUCAAGAUAACUCAAAUUGCUGCCGGUGGUUGGCACACUGCGGCCAUAUCCGCUUUCGGAGACCUCUACACCUGGGGCCUCAACAGCAGCGGUCAGCUGGGAAUGCGUGUGAUGAAACCGGGUGGUUUGCUCAAAGAGCCCACUGUAUAUCCGUUGCCUCAGUUGCAAGAUCUGCCCGAAUGUUCCUGCUCCCAAGGCGGGGAGACCAACGAUGAUUGCGCACCGCUGAGGGUGUUCGCUGGAUCUCGUCACACUCUGCUAAUCCGCCGGUGCGGGCGGCUAUGGGUCAGUGGUUGGUGCAAGCACGGUCAACUUGGCAGGCAGCUCCAAAACCUGUCUUAUGUGGAUGCCUUUCAGGCCCUGGAUGGUAUCACGAUGAACCCUGCUGCGGAUGAUGUUCUCUGUGGGCCCUGGUCAACGCUGCUACAUUUGAAGUGCACGGCUUGGCAGAUCUUUGGCUCAAUGGAUGCUCAUCGCGGCCUGGCUAAAGCGUUGUAGCUGUACACCGGCUGAUCCUCAUCCUCAUCCUCAACUGCAGCCUCAUCCCCACACCGCCAUGGCCAAGACAAAUGCAGACGAUGGCUCUUUAGCCGUAUCUUUCACUUUGAUUGUGGCUGGGAGUCAGCGUCUGCGACUGAGACUGUGGCUCGUGUGGGGCUCGUGGGGCUCGUGGGGCUCUAGGAUGGGUGGUGCUGUGGUGCCGGCAGUCGUUAGCCUUGUCUUAUUGCCCGUGUUGGCCAAACACUUGGCUACUGGUUGUUUACAUAUGUACGGGAACGGGAACGGGAAUGGGAAUGGGAAUUGGAAAGACUGCACUGACUGGUACGCGUAUAACUCAAUCAGCCAGAAGAGGUGGAGCCAUGGGAGUCGCCAAGUGUGUGGGUCAGGUGACCUGCAACAAAUUAGCCUGGGAGUUAUGAACCUCAGCAGCGGAAUGCACUCUGUUAUCUGCUAAGCACACACAAAACAAGAUGGACUGGACUGCACGGGACUGGCCCACAAGUAUGGUCAAGUUCUAAUGAAAACCUAAUUACAAAAUCAGCCAAUACUCUCCAGAGCCGCACAUAAUUAAGGCGCACACUUGACUUGGCUUGGCUACUCCUCCUCCUCCUCCGCCCAAUUGUCGCCGUCUCCAAUUUCCAGCGCUUUUCCCCUCCCCGUGCGCUGAAAAACGCAUUUAAAAGCCCACAUUAAUGACGCGGACUCGAUGCGAAGACCACUUUGGUAAAAUAGGAAAUUGCUGCGUUCGGCUGCUCUCCAGAUUCUGGUCUAUCUGUUUUCCUUUUUGUUUUUGUAUCUUACUUUUUUUGUUGUCCCCAUCUGCAGAUAGCGACACAAAAACGGUUGCAUCCAUGCCAAAGUCGAGCUCGCUGCUGUGUUUGCGAGCGUUUUCAGCGCAUUUUUAGUUAAUUUACCAGGAAAAACAUUUGAAAUUCUUAAAAAAGUCGCAACAAGAAGUUGGCUGCUGCUUGGCGGCUGGAAAAAGUCACAUCACAACGUUGUCUACACAACGCCUUGCUGGAUUGCUCUUUUCAGAUGUUGGCCAUAACAGCUAGUCUGAGAUACAUGGUAUUUUUGGAACAAUGUUUGCCAGAGCCUAAAAGAUACAGACAAAAGAUACCUACUCAAUUGAUAUUUUCCCA